UCGGAUUGAGAACGACAUUACGAUGUGGCCAGUAAUAAUCGUAAUAUUACUGACAACAGUUAAUUCACAAAACGGAAUUGAAAACGACGAUGCGACAGCAUUCGACACCGAGAAGUCUACUAAAUGCAUGUCGUAUCGGUACAUUCCAUGCCACAAAAGUGUGAACAGAACCACUUUUCUCGAAGACGAACUAACAGGGGAAGUGCUUAAGCCACUCGCAAACGAAAGUGUUUCACUCUGCAUUUCUUAUCGAUACAUUACAUGUCGAAAAGAUUGGCCGAGUUAUACGGUCAUUUUGGAAGACGAAGAAGAACGGCUUCGACGACAAAAUGCAAAUUAUAUCGAAAAGAUCAAAUCAUGUGAAAACGAAAAGAGCAAUUACACUAGCCAGGCGGAGGCAGCAUUGAGCGGAACGUUAGCGCUAACCAAUCAGCUGAAACUAUGUGAAACUGCAAAAGAAGAAUUGGCGAAAAAACUGAAUGCGAGCGAACAAAACCAGCAAUUUUUAACAAGAAAAUUAAACGAAGCAAGGACAAAGAAUCUAACGACCGAGUCGGAUCCACUAAGUAAAAUCAUUAAUAAUGAACGAAAGCUUUUGUACAGUUAUAUCGCUCCUUCGUUACUGAACAAACCGUAUCCGGGAGUGGAACGAUUUACUCGUUACGAAGUUGCUAGAACAGGGACGUUGCCGUUGAUGAACGUAGAACGUCUCAUGCCGGAACUGGGACAAGUUAUCAACGAUGUUACUUCUUUCUACUAUCCACUGACAAUCCCUCCGUGCGCCGAUGUCGAACCCAACACGCGUAGCGUUUUCAUCGCAGUAAAUUCGUUAGCUGAUUACGUCAAGGAACGAAACGAAAUUCGCCAGACGUGGCCGCAAAAUUUAAAAGUUGUACAGGAUAUGGGAUUGCUUGGCAUGAUACGCUACGGUUUCUUUGUAGGAUUACCAGAAAGCAACACGACACAAGCACAAAUCGAAAAAGAAAAUGAAAUGUAUGGAGAUAUGAUUCAAGUUGACGUAUCGGACUCCUACAUCGAUCCUAUGAAAAUGGCGGGUUUACUCAAUUGGUUGAAUAAUAAUUGCGCCAAUGUCGACUUUGUGUUCAAGAUGAAUGACUACAUGUUUCUCGACGUGCGAAACCUGGCUCAGUUUGUUCGAUUCUAUUACAAAUCCGUGAAAACUUUGUUUGGUGAUCAGUCUCCACUAGCUCAACCUCUAAGAAGCGGAAGAUGGGCACAGCCGGUGACUGAAUGGCCAUGGAGUACUUAUCCACGUCACGUGUUUAGGCACGCAUUUUUCAUGCAUGGAACUUCGAUCCUACCCUUAUUGGCUGCCUUUCAAACGACUCCAACAAUACCAUUAUACUACGUAUAUGUUACGGGAAUGUGCACAGAAAAGGGAGGGGUAACGACAAGAUUUUCUUCCGGUAACUUUAGUAUGCCUUUGUCAGGAUUGGCAUUUCAACUUGGAACCGCUCCCACCUGUAAGCAAACUCAACAAAUUGCCUGGGCUACACAUAACAGUACAGAUGUACAUGCCGAUAAAAUGAAGACGCACCAUGAAGUUGAAGAAUACUACAAGAAUUUCUAUCAAUGCAACAUCGUUUCCAACGGAACCCUACGCAAAGUCGACCCCAAAGAUCCCGUCAAAUUCUUUUUUGAGAGUCAAUAA